CUGCCCUCCCCUCAGGGGGCUCGUCCCCGCUGCGGGGUGCUGCAGGGAGGGGGGGAGCCGGCGUCGUUACCGGGGUGGGGUGUGGUGGCCGCACCGGGUCGCGGCGUGCGGUCCUGAGGUGGUUUGUUAGUGUUACGGCACCGCUGUCGCUUCUCUUGGUUAAGGAGCUUGGGUUUAGGCGUCUUGCCUCCUGUUCGUGCUGGCAGUCUUGUCGCUGUGUAGCACCCGAGCAUUUGGGGAUCUUUAAAGCCCCACGUCUUUAUACGGGCAGCGCUUUGACUUCGCCGUGUAGUCUCUGAAGUCGCUGACAGGCACACACCUGUGUGUGCUGGCGAUGAGCGUUAUUAACCCGUGUAACCCCUAACGCGUCUACCUGGCGCCGCCGGACUCCCGUCAGCGCUGUCCCCCCGCUGGCUGUGUAAAUGUUUUACCACCCCGCCGCGCUCGGUUAACUUUCAACUUCUUGAAACGCGCCCCGUGCACCUACCGGAGCGUGUUUCGCUGCCGGUGUUGAGUAACGAUAAGCUCAAGUUCGUGUAAAGCAAUUUGCCUGCAGUUUUAUGUGCCUCCGUGCCCUCCCGAUCUGCCUGAUAACGCAGUCCGCCCCUCCUAGCUGAAAGCCAAGGCGAAGAGAAGAGGGGCAGGCGCAGCGUCCGCAGCCUCGGCGCUCCGAAGCGGUUCUCAAUAGGAUCUCUCUGAACAGGAGUAGCUGUUGCUGCCUUCGUCCAGCUCCAGGAACUACUCCAGCUCUAUGAUUGCUGAUCCAUGCUUGACUGCCUCAAGUGGAUCUGGCAGGAUGGCAUCUUCCAGACUCUCCAUCCUUCUAGCACUGGUGUUUUCUUCUUUUUCCUUUGUUCUUUCCCAUUCAAACAGAGUGAUGUGGUUCCAGGAUCUCUUUCCACCUAAUGUGUGCCCUAUAAAUGCAAAGGCCAACACUUUUUAUGGCAUAAUGUUUGACGCAGGAAGCACUGGAACACGGAUUCAUAUUUACACCUUUGUGCAGAAGAGCCCAGAAAACCUUCCAGAGCUGGAAGGAGAGAUCUUUGAGUCUGUGAAGCCAGGCCUUUCUGCCUAUGCUGAUCAGCCUGAAAAGGGUGCUGAAACUGUCAAAAGAUUGCUGGACAUGGCCAUAGAUGCUGUGCCUCCUCAUCUCUGGAAGAAGACCCCGGUAGUGUUAAAAGCCACAGCUGGACUGCGUUUACUGUCAGAGGAGAAGGCUCAGGCUCUACUUUUAGAGGUGAAAGAAGUCUUUGAGGAAUCACCAUUUCUUGUUCCAGAGAACAGUGUUAGCAUCAUGGAUGGUUCUUAUGAAGGAAUUUUAGCCUGGAUCACUGUGAACUUUUUGACAGGGCAGCUGUCUGGCCAGAACCAGCACACUGUUGGGACCCUGGACUUGGGAGGAGCCUCAACACAAAUCACAUUUCUGCCGCGGUUCGAGGAAACUUUGAAGGAAAGCCCUGGGGAUUUUCUUACCUCAUUUGAAAUGUUUAAUAGCACCUACAAGCUCUAUACCCACAGCUAUUUGGGUUUUGGACUAAAAGCUGCCAGACUAGCAACUCUUGGAGCUUUGAAUAUGGAAGCUGUGGACGGACAAAUGUUCCGCAGUUCUUGUUUGCCAAAGCAAUUGGAAGCGGAGUGGCACUUUGGGGGAGUGAAGUACCGGUAUGGUGGCAACAAAGAAGGAGAAACAGGAUUCAAGCCUUGCUACUUGGAAGUACUUAAGGUUGUCAAAGGGAAACUGCACCAACCAGAUGAGAUUCGUGGAAGUUCCUUCUAUGCUUUCUCCUAUUACUAUGAUCGAGCAGUCGACACCAACCUAAUUGAUUAUGAACAGGGAGGUGUUCUGGAAGUGAGAGAUUUUGAAAGAAAAGCCAAAGAAGUCUGUGAUAACAUGGAGAGGUACAGCUCAGCAAGUCCUUUCCUCUGCAUGGAUCUCACAUACAUCACUGCUUUAUUAAAGGAAGGUUUUGGAUUUAGGGACAACACACUCUUACAGUUAACAAAGAAAGUGAACAACAUAGAGACAAGCUGGACUUUGGGUGCUACCUUUCACUUACUGCAGUCUCUGGGGAUAACGUAUUGAGCUGUGACAUUCCUGUGGACUUCAGCAUUUCUGAAAGUUUGACAAAGCAAAUUGAAAUCUCCAGGUAUGUUGUUCAGCUGGAAUCAGUCACAGAGUACAGCAUGGACCAAAGCUAUACAACAGAUCUUCACCUGGGCUUGGCAUCACACAUAAUGAAAUUAUAAGUAUAAUUUAUAAUUGUGAUUGUCGUAAAUGAUCCAGAAGCUGCCUUCUGAAAGUCAAAAAGCCUAAACUCCAGCAGAGUGUCUGCAAGGGGCUCAAAGCCAGCUUUCACCAGCACAUUUGUAUAGCAUCCCAUUGCUAAAAGCACAAUAUACCUGGCACAUGGUGGUAAACUACAGACACGUGAUUUCUCCUCCUCCCUUUUAUUUUAAGGCAUACAGAAUUGAUGUUUGCUUGGGGGACAUUAAAUACAGACAUUAAAGAUGGCACCAGCAGUCAUUCAGAGAAAACUGAACAACUCUGGAUGCUUCCAGCCUCAGUGUUCCAAAUAUCCAGCUGUUAGCUUAGCUAAUACAUUGCAGGAAGACUCCAGUCUUUCAGGGGGCCUGCUAUAAGCACUCUUUAGGUAUCAUUUUCAGAAAGGUGUUGGCUGAAAAAUAGGUUGUACCAUACCACUUAUUUCUUUAGGCAGCAGGAGUUUCUUAAGCAGCACCUGUGACCUACUGUUUGUGUUCCUACCUUUGUGCUGCCUUUACAAGUCUGUGCAGCCGUACAGUACGUCCGGCAACCAGACCUGAUAACUUGGUUCAUUUACCAUCUAGUCAUAACACACCGUUGUGCUGGCACAAAACUAGGCAUCACUGCCAGGUAGUUAAACUCCACUGCCAAAAGAAAGGUUUGUCACAUUAUACCCACAACGAAAUUAAGGAUGCAUUCAGAUGAAACAUCUGAUCUAAUAACAGCACACUUUGCUAUGACCAUCUUCUAUUCAACCCAGAACAUGUAACUUGAAGAUGAAUUUACCCCAGUUUUAGGAAGAGAGAGGUAUUACCCAUGUGACUAAGGGAAGCUUAUAUUCACCCAUGUCUUGUGAUGAACACUUUGUUCCUUUCAAGCAUUUGCACUUACUCAUAUGCUACCACACACCUUUCCCAGUUCUGUGAAACACAAGACUGCCCUCACAAUACCUUCUCUGCAAACUGGAUUUGAAAAUAACUGGUAACAUCUAGCAAGGGGAGGAACUAGUGCACUCACAUCCUAACGCGCCAAGGAUGUUAAUCUUACCAAGCAGUGGAGACUUAGAACUUUGCCUUACUGUGAACAUUAGUCCUCUUCCUUGUUAGCAGUGCAAGUUUGACUACGGCUGAUUAAGUUACCCCAUUUUUGUAUCUCAGGUUUUAUGGCACUAGGAUACAAAGCAUGCUUUUGAGUGAACAAGUUUAGUCAGCAAUAGGAGUCCAGGGGGUGGGGAUGGAGCUGCCUGUACCUGUCCCACCUCUGACAACUUGCUGUAAAUUCAGGCUGUUUCUUUGAAACAUGAAGUGAACAUCCUACCUAUGCUCCUUACCAGAAUCUGUUAAGAGAUCCAUGUUGGGAAAUUCCUCAGUGCCAGACCAAACUUCUGUUCCAUCUUCACUAGGAGCUUCUGUUUUAACACGAAGAAAGUUAACUGUGGAGUCCAGCCGGGAUGCUGGCCUCUUCUCAAACACAAACCUUUCUUCUUCCCCGCCUUAAUAUUUGACAAAACUUAGUAUACAGUCUGGUCUCAACAACAAGGUGACUGAAAACAUAUUUGUUUUCUUCUGAGUGAACAUUCUUCUUCACCUUUGCAUUCUUGGAAAAUACAAAGUAGGUUGCAGUGGUUAAUAGCCAGGUGUGUUACUCCUGAAAGUUAACUCAUGUAAUAAUCCAAAAGGCUUCCAGUCUGAGCCAGUGCUACAACAAACUCUCUUACUAGAUCUUGGGGCCAUGAGGCUAUAUGCAGUGAGGCUAUAUCUUAAACAGUAUGACAUGGUGGGACAUCACAUGUAAGGCACAAGCAGCAGCGUAUCUGCCAACUGAAUAUACACGAGCCCUGAGGAGUACUUACAGGUUUGGUUUUGUCUGAAGGGAGGAUGCCUAGAACAAGAUAGGUACCACGUAGAAUAAGCUUCUUUUCUGUGUUCUUUGCCUCAAACUCUGGUACUACAAAUCCUAGGUGGGAGCAUCUGCUAGCCCGUACCAAAAUUGCAUUAAAUCUGAAUGCUCAGGGCCUUCAUUUGUCAGUGGCACAAUUCAUUAACUGAAGCUUAACUGCUGCUCUCUAUCAGGGGCUUGAUGCUGCAGUCAUAAGAGAAACAAAAACUCAGCUCAAAGGUUUCUUUUGCAAGAAACUGCAGAACUGAGCCCCUGCUGUUUACAUCUUACUAAAGGUGGGUUGAGGAUACAGAGAAGCCAGUCAAGUCCUCACACUUACCCUAGUGCAAUGAGAUUAUUUAUUAGCUUAACUGAAGACUAAGCAGCCUUUUAAGGGAAGAGUUUUGCUUGCAUCACUGAUUUUUAUCUCCUCCUUCGUAACGUCUUUUAUCCUCACUAAAAGGAACUGACUAGUAUGUGUGACUGAAGAAGCACAAGUAAUGGUUUUCAGUCAAAAACUUAUGUUGAAUUCUUUGUGGUGUUAAUUCCUGAUACUGGUUAACUGUACAUGUAAAUCGUGCCCAGUAGCAGUACUCACUCAAUGUUGUGAGUCUCAAAUGUCUAACAUAGGAGGCUGGUGUUUGGAACCUAAGACAGAAUAUCUUGAAUUUCUAUUUUAGUAAUUAAAGCAUUUUUAACAAUA